AUGUUUAACUUCUUGAAUGCUUCAAUGAUCACGUCUUUGCUGAUUGUUGUGAUCGGCUCUUUAUUCCUUUACUACCUCCACGCAAAGAUCUCGGAGCGAGUCCUAAACAACUUCCAAGCCAGCGAAACAUGGAUCCCAGAGAAUGAGCUAGUCCUUUUGACCGGGGGCAGUGGUGGCAUUGGCAGACAGAUAAUGCAAGACCUUUCUCGCAUGAGAGUACGCGUUGUGAUCAUCGACAUCAACCACCCUACCUUUGACCUUCCCGAAAACGUCACAUUCCAUCAAACAGAUAUAACCUCAGCUCAAUCUCUUUCCGAAACGGGCGCUGCUAUUCGAAAGUCAUACGGAGAGCCGACUGUUAUCGUGAACAAUGCUGCUGUUUUUCACCAUGGUACAAUUCUUGAAAUGCCAGAGGAUAAAUUACGUCAAACAUUCGAUGUCAACAUCAUCUCUCAUUUCCUCGUCAUGAAGGAAUUCCUUCCGUUUAUGAUCCGUAUGAACCAUGGCCAUGUUGUUACAGUAGCAAGCGUCGCAAGCUUUGUUACUAUAGGCGAGAUGGUGGACUAUGCUUGUUCUAAAGCUAGCGCUCUUGCUUUCCAAGAAGGCCUUCGGCAAGAGUUGAAAUAUUGGUACAAGGCUCCCAAUGUGCGGACGAGUACCGUUCACCCCAUGUGGGUUCAGACUCCCAUGAUCGAAGGCUUCACCAAAUAUGAAGCUGAUUUCCGUCAACCGCUCCUGGAUCCAAAGGACGUCUCCCAGGCAGUGGUCAAACAUAUUGUUACUCGGAAAAGUGGGCAAACCAUUGUUCCUAGACAUUGCUCGAUGAUUGGGUCGCUCAGGGCUUCGCCACUGUGGCUACAAGAGGCAGCUCGUUCAUACAUGUCGAGAAUUAUCCUGCGAGUGAGUAUUAAGCGGGCCGCUAAUGAAACUCCAGGCUCGGGUGUUCCUUAA